UUGAGGUUUUCCAGUUGGUAUCUUAUUCAAUUUUUGCAAAGCAAUUUUUAGUUUGGAAAUGUUUUUUUUGUGUUAUUCGUUCACUUGUUUUUCGUUGUUGCUUUUCGAGUUAGUGAGCUCAGAAAAAUUACCUGAUGAUUUCAAGAAGUGCUCAAUGAAAGAUACAGAAUGCCUAAAGGAUGCCAUACAAGAUGCUCUUCCGAAACUUGAGAAUGGGAUUCCCAAUCUUGGAGUUCCCUCCCUAGAUCCUCUUUAUAUUGGAGAGAUGGUGAUAGGAGCUGGAGCCAAUGCUGUUGACGUUGUACAGAGAUUUGAAAAUGCCGAAUUGAUUGGACUUUCAAAAUCGAAAAUAAACGAUUUGAUGUUCGACAUUGAUAAAGGCAAAAUCUCAAUCAAAUUCAUAGCUCCAGUCGCUCAUUUGAACACUUCAUACAAAAUUGAUGGUAAAAUCCUUGUUCUUCCGAUCGUUGGACACGGACAAGGAUCCCUCAAACUUGAGGGUUUUCAGGGAGACAUAGAAUUUGACGUUGAGAUCUAUUCAAAGAGAAAUGAAAAAUAUCUGAGAGCAAAGAAAUUCACUUUUGAAAUAGUUCUGAAUAGGGUGGUAUUCUAUAUGGAUAAUCUCUUCGAUGGAAACAAACUGCUUGCCGACAAUAUGCUCAAAGUUCUGAAUGAUAAUUGGGAACCGUUGUACAAAGAAGUCAUCGCUAAGUACGCUGCUUAUUAUGGCAAAUCUUUGACGGAAUUGAUGAACAAACUAUUCGCUAAAGUACCCAUAUCGGAGCUAUUUCUGGAUUGAUGAUGUUUUCGGGAUGAAUACUAAGGAUCUAUAGGUGCAAGGACUUAAUUAAUGAACAUAGCUUGUUGACAAAAUUUUAACCUCAUUCGUUUAAUAUAGACAGUUUCCUGACAGA